UCCGACUCUAACAAAUCCUUGCAGAUACCUCACUUCCACCCUUCACCAAAUCAGCCUCUGCUCAGAGAGGCCUUAGCUCUACGAUAUGGGCUGCGAGAAUGCGAGACGCUUCUCACCUAGCCCUCCAAGGGUCCUCUACUUUGACAGUGGCGAUUCUCUCCGAUCUGCUCGAUAAGGAUGCUCUGCAGUACCUCCCUGUCUCAGUAAUUGUCUGUGUCUUUGUUCCUAUGACGAUCAACUAUAUCUUCCUCCGAUGCUCUCUUCGACUAUCAGGCACGCCAAUCCACAAACUUGCCGUCUACUUGCGCGCCCUCGAAGUCCUCGCCGAACGCGAUGCCGUUGUUCCCUUCUACCAUUCCCUAUUGAAUGACUCAAUAGUACUGAUUCAUAAGCGGAGCUUCACUCCAGAGUCAUCACUUCCGACAACCCUGUCAGAUGCUCUACUAAUCACGGAACAGGCAGAAGAAGUGACAAUGCCGCCAACGAAUAUCUACUCGGCUGUGCUAAAGUUUCAGGAGCAGCAGUUCUGGAAAAAAGCGCCAUCAGACGUGGGCCCCGCUAUCUUCGCCAUCACGUCUUCUUCUAGUGGUCCGAUUUGUGUGUAGGUCGCUAGGGUUGUGUUGCUGAACAGGGGCCUGAAUGUGUCUCAACAUAAGAGAUGCUGCAUGGAAUUGACUGCGUUACUGGUUUAUACCAAACUAGAUCACCUGUCGUGGGAACGUGAUGCAGGCCUCGUUAUAUUCUGAUUGGCUCCGCUCUACUGCCCAGCCUAUGCAGCCAUGUUCCUGGAUGUUGGAAUCAAAUCUUGAAAUCAGUGCAGGCAGUCUGUCUGUCAAAAACAGCUGGAUAUGAACCGGCAUGCCAUCGCCUCCUCCAAGAAUUCAUAGGUAAACAUUGUGUCACAGAUUACCACAAUAGUGACUAUGGUUUCUACCGCUUUUAAUGUGUAAUAAGACGCUUC